CCUUUCACACCGUUGCGAAAGGAACAACGACUGCCGUUGCCGAGUGAGGCAAGAGGGAGCAUGAUGGCGUUCUUUCUUCCACGCCAUUAUAAGAGCCUCAUUUGAUCGCUUCCUCGAUGCUCUCCACAAACGGAGGCGUUCGUUGCGGGAUCUCAGUCCCCGCGUUAACCUGUCCAGUCUGACCGCGAUUUUUAAAAAUUAGAGGCACUUGUGGAGAAAAUUGUCUUUCGUUACUUCUACUAUGGUUCAUCAUUCAGUCGGUGAUGAGUCAUCAUCAGAAGCACAAUAUGCUGGGCCUUUAGGAAGAUUAGCCACACUAUCAUAUGGUGCUGGACACAUGCUAAAUGAUAUCACAUCAGCAUGUUGGUUCACUUAUCUUUUGUUGUUCCUGACAGAUAUAGGACUAAGUCCAAGAUAGAUCGGUUUGGGCACUUCAAACUAUGGCAUGCUGGAGGGUCUUUUCUGGUUGCUGUCUCUUUUUCAUCUGUUUUUGGUAGCUGCCUUCCUUGUAAAGUCAUGGGCAGCAACUCACUUACGUUGCAAACUAUUGGCUACAGCGCAUUUGCUGCAAUUUUUAAUGUGGGUUGGGCUGUUACCCAAGUUUCUCACAUGUCAAUGGUGAAUUGCAUCACUCUUAAUCCAACAAGCAGAGUCGCACUUGCAAGUUGUCGUAAUGCCUUCACAAUGGUAGCCAAUCUUAGUCUCUAUGCAGUUGCUUUAUGUGUGUUCAGUCUUUAUAGUUCCAAGGACACUGUGGAUAUCAAGAUUCAGUACCGCUGGAUUGCUUACCUGUCCAUUUUCAUGGGGUGCUGCUUUGUGGUCCUGUUCCUUGUUGGUACCAAAGAACCGCAGUUGAAGCUGCAAAUUCAGUGUAAAAACGUUUCCAGUAUCUCAUGGACCCACUGGUUCAAAAAAAUACUCUACUAUCAAGUUGCUCUUGUUUAUACACUUACCCGGCUGGUGACAAAUGUUUCACAGGCACUGCUUGCUUUUUUUGUCACUAAUGAAUUGGGCAUGGGCCAAUCGUCAAAGGCUUUGGUGCCUGCCAUUAUAUAUAUUUGCAGCUUCCUGGUGUCUGUUAUUCUGCAGGAGAUUAGAUGGUCUGGGUGGCGCCUUAAGGCCUUCUUUAAUGCUGGAGCCAUUCUUUGGAUGUUUUCUGGUGCAGGAGUAUCUGUUCUUCCAGACAGCAUGCACAAUCUUAUGUACAUUCUCUCAAUAGCAAUUGGUGCUGCUAAUGCUUUGAUGACGGUGACUGGAAUUAGCAUGGAAAGCAUGCUGGUUGGAGAAAACCUAAACGGAUGUGCUUUCGUGUAUGGAUCACUAAGUUUUGUUGAUAAAUUAUCAUGCGGCCUCGCUUUGUAUGUUCUCGAGUCAUAUCAAGGUUCACCUGAUGUCAUGGGGAACCUUGGCAGUAAUGUCAGUCAUUCAGUAAACAGAUAUGGUCUGGGAGUGAUUCCUGCAACCUGUGCAUUUCUUUCUGCUGUCAUCACAUACACCAUGAAACUUCCAGAUACCACCAGUUCAAGCAAUCUGGUAGAACCCCUUCUUGCAUGAUUUUGGAGGUGGAGGGUGGAUGAUUUCUGCAUGCUUUCAUGUAUGUUCUACAUCACCUGGAAUCUCUCUUCCAAGUUGACAUGAAAUGUGCAUGGAGAGCAAGCGGUUGACUUCCAUCUUCAAGUAUUGACUGCAUCAUUUCUUGGCACAACUAAUAUGUACAUAUGAUUAUUUUCUAGGAUGGAGUUUGGUAUUUGCUGAAGUCAGGUAAUUUCACUGUAUCAGGAAAAAAACAUAUUUCAUUUGUUCCUAAGCAUCUUUUGCAUUGCAAUAUAGUUUCUAAUUCCAAAAAGCA